AUGGUGGUUUCAUUGAGGCUGGUGGCGACGAUGUUAAUGGUGGUGAUGGCAGGGUUGUUUGCAAUGGUGGUUAGGCAAACUCCAGUGUUAUUUGCAAGCACGAUAAUAUUCCUCUACUAUCGUAAUUUUGCUUGCUUUCUUCCCAAUGUGUCGUCGUUUUAUUAUGUCAUGGCUGUUCGGGUGAAGCGGACUGCUGACGACGCCGCUUCGUCGUCGGUUGCUGUCCUUAUUGCUGGGUUUGUGAGUUUUGCGGUGCGUUUUCCUGGUAGGUCGAGAGGGCUCUUAUGGAUCGAUGUCUUAUUUCAGAAUGAAAGGGUUUCAACAUCGAUUUAUGACUUCCAGGCAUCAUCGAACAAUGGAGCAGAAGAAUCAGCGACUAAAGAAGAGGAAAGGUUUACCAAACUACUGUUGUUGGGCUAGGACAAUCCACAUGUGUAGCCAUUGGUGGGGAUCAUUUUAAUGGGACCAACUUCAUUGACUACAUGAGAAAAUUCAUUGUUGAUCCUCAUACAGAAGACGUGUGUACAAUUUCUUGGUUUCACUUCAAGGGGUUAAUCACAGGUUAAAAGAUCGAUGCAGGGUGGAUGAGCAAGAAAAUUGAAAAAUGUGAGAAAGAAAUUUGAAUGAUUUCUUGAUGAAGACAAGCUUCAAGGGCCGUGGAAAUUGCAUUAUUAAAGAAAUUAAACAAAUCCAUGGAGUAUGCAUUUGGCGAAAAUGGUCCAAUUCCAUCAAGCAUUUUGUCUCUUCGAUCUGCAACAAUGUUAGAUGGGUUGCUUCGGGGCAGUCGUUUCACCUCCAAAUGGUUUACAAAUGUUACACAACCUAAUGAGAGACAUCAUAGAUACGAGUUCAUUAAGAUUCCAACAUUAGGAAAGCUUCAUAAGGUAAGUAUUAGAAAGUGUGAGAAAGUUAAUAUCAUACACAAAUUGUUAGAUCACCAUAUUAUCCAUGGCAAGUCUUUGAGUUUCUAGCUGAACGAAAGAUUCUUACACUGCAAAAUAUCUUAAAACCUUCUCCUAAUGGGCCAAAAGGUUUGAACAAAUCAUGAAUACACUUAUUUUUUUCUAUAUUAAAAUUUUAAAUAUUUUAUAGUUUUGCUUCCUUCGAUAAUGAAACUCAUGUUGGUUUCUUUUUCAGCUCCAAAGAAUAGAUUUUGUCAUUGACCGAGCAUAGGGACAAAUUGCUAAGGGUGUUGCUGCCGCACUUGCUAUUUACUUUGCAACACAAAGGGGUCAUUAUAUUAUAGCAUACUACAUUAUAUUUGUGUAUUUGUAAAUGGGCAAAACGUAGACAAUAGCAACAUACUUUACUAUAGCUACAAAUUAGAACAAUGUACUAUACUUCCACACUAAAGCGACACUUUACGAUCCCCGCAAUGCGGGGGUCACUUUUCUG